AUGAGUCUACAAGACUCUCCGUCAUCAUCAGCCUUAAUUCAAGAUGAAAUGCUUCAUCACUCUCCAAAUGAUACUCAUGAAUUUUUAGUGAGGAAAACAACAAAUUAUGAUUGUGAUGUUAGUUAUGAUAUUAGUAGAUCCGGACUAUAUUCUUCAUUCUCUAGUAGUAGUAUUUGUAGUAAUAUUCUUGAUGAAUCCAAUACAAUGCUUGUUUUUCCAUCUCCCAUUGAAAAGACAUCAAUUAAUCAUCAAACUAAUCAAGAAAUAUCCCCUCCAGGAGGUAGAACUGUUGUUGAUGGAAAUAAUAGUGGAGAUGAUAGUUUAAUGUUAGGUUUGCCUUCUCCAAUAGAUUCUUCUUGUUAUCAAACACCUGUUCAGCAAAGUACAGCCUAUAAGAAGAGAAUGAUAUUUAGUGAUUAUUCAUCUAUUGGACCAUGUUCAGUAAAAUCAGAUUGGAGUGAUGUUCCAUUAAGUGAAUUGAGUAAUAUCCAAACACCACUCAAAAGAAAUGUAUAUAUAACUGAUUCAACUCCAAGAAAUGUAGUUAAUGCUCUUGUAUUGAAUAAGGGAUUCUUAUCAAGCGAUUCUAAGAGAAAGAGUUUAAAGGUUAAAAAAUUAAAUGUUUCAGGUUCUCCUCAAAGAAUAUUUGAUGAUUUGGAAUUGUCAAAUAUUAUUGAAGAAAAGGAAAAUUCUAAUCCACAAUUUCAACAACAAUCACUUCAACUCAAUAAUAGUAAUUGCUCAACUAUUCAUAAUGGACAAGCAUCUAAGAAUUCAUCCUCAAUAUUUUCCUCACUUAAAGAUUUAAAGUAUUACAAUGAGUCGUCUGGUAUUUUAGAUUCACCUCCUGAAUAUAGUUUAUGUAGUUGCUGCAAGAGUAAAGAUAGAGAAAUUGAAGAAUUGAAAAGAAGAUUAUUUGAACAAGAAGAAAAGUUUAAUGAUUUAUUGAAAGAACAUCAAAAAUAUUUAACUCUAGAUAGAUGUGAUACAUUAUCGGAUACUUCAACUUUGUCAACUGGUUCAAAUCAAUCGGAUACUUCAACUAGGAAAACACUAAGAAAUGUAAUUUCAUUUGAAAAUUCAAAAUUUAUCAAAUUGUACUGCCGAGUUAGAAAUUAUACACAAGAUGAAUUAGAAAAUGUACAGAAAAAUCAAACCAAUCUAAGUUCCUUAAUAACACAUUCAGAAGCAAAUUUGUCAUUUGAGUCAUCAAGUCAAAUGUUGGAAGGACAAAUUCAAGAUGAAAGUAAUUCAGUGGUUGCAACAGACGAAACAAGAAUCACUAUAAGAAAGUACUUAAAGAAUUCAGUAUCUGGAAUGGGAAGUAAAAUGUCAAAAUAUGAAUUUCAUUUUGACAAAGUAUUUGGAUAUAAUACAGAUAAUGAUGAAGUUACAGAUUCAUUAAGUAAUUUCAUUGACAGAGUUGUCUAUGAUGAACCUCAACAAAGAUUGACAGUUCUUGCGUAUGGUGCAACUGGUAGUGGUAAAACAUAUACUAUUAAUGCUGUAAUGAAUUAUGUGCAGAAUAUGUUGUUUAGCCCUGAAAAGAGUAGAAUAGUUAGAGGUGUUUAUUUCAAUUGUUUUGAAAUUUAUAAUGAACAAACUCAAUUAUUAAUUAGCAAAGAUGUUGAUGAAUUUAUAAGAGUGGAUUCAGUUCAAGAUUUAGAAAGAUUAAUUAUUAAAUCCCAGAAUAAGAGAAAAUGUGCUGAAACUGAAUAUAACAAGAAAAGUUCUAGAAGUCAUUGCAUUUAUAGAUUCAAAGUUUGUUUUGAUCAACAAGAUGAUCAAUACUACAAUGUUUUGAAUGUGAUAGAUUUGGCUGGAAGUGAGAAGUUAUCAAGUGAUGAAUUUAUUCAAAAUCAAACAAAAGAUACUUCAGAUUUUAGAGAUUUGAAAAAGAUGAGAAAUUCAGAGACUGUCAAUAUUAACAAAUCACUUUCAGUGCUAAGCCAAGUAAUUAAGGGACUUGCUCAAGGAUCUAAAUUCAUUAAUUAUAGAGACUCUGUUCUGACAAAGAUUUUAAAGAAUGAUUUAUCUCAAGUUGCUUUGAUUGUGAAUAUUAAACCUCCAACUCAAUCCAAAGACAAGAUUGAAAUUGAAAAGAUUGUAAAUUCAUUAACCUUUGCAAAGAAAGCAAAUGCUUUUGAGAUUACAAAAUCCAAUGUAAAAUAA